GAUGGUAACUAUAUUCGAUUUAUUUUCAAUUUGUUGGUGCGGUGAACAAAUUCCUCAUAACGAAAAUUACAUUUAUGAGAAAAUCGCUGCAUUGAAUUGGUACCAAGGAUCGAAAGAAUUUCAAAAAAAUAUUUUAUUAGCAUUAGCGUUUCUACAAAAAGAAACUGAAUACAAAUUAUGUGGUAUUUUUCCUUUACGAUUAACAUUUUUCGUUUCGAUUUUACGAUUAUCAUAUUCAACAUAUGCUGUUUUACAUGAAUUCACUGCAAAUAAUUAAAUACACCUGUACCCGAUGUUUUUAUCAUAAUUCGCCUUAGAAAACAAAUAUGUAUUGCUU